GUAUACGACGAACUGUCUCAAAAUAUCGAUAUAAUCGAUUCUAAUUAUUUGCACACGCUUUUUCUGGUAGGAAUCUCGAUAUAUCUCGAUAGAUGUCGAUCUUUAAACUAUCUCGUCUCUUUUCCGAGUAUUCGAUUUUUGUCAGUCGACCGAUAGUCAUUGUAAUCAACUGACAGAAAUCAUCAUUCACUGGUGAAUACUAGAUUCUAAUAUACGUGAUAAUUUUUCAACAACGUAAAAUUAUAAAAUGGCACGUAGAUAUGAUACGCGUACCACAAUUUUUUCACCAGAAGGAAGACUUUAUCAAGUCGAAUAUGCUAUGGAAGCUAUAAGUCAUGCAGGUACCUGCCUAGGUAUAUUAGCAAAUGAUGGGAUUCUAUUAGCAGCUGAAAGACGAAAUACCAACAAGCUGUUAGACGAAGUAUUCUUCUCUGAAAAGAUUUAUAAGUUGAACGAUGACAUAGUUUGUUCUGUGGCUGGCAUUACUUCAGAUGCUAAUGUUUUAACAAAUGAAUUACGUGUCAUCGCUCAAAGAUAUUUUCUUCAAUACGGGGAACCUAUACCCUGUGAACAGCUUGUCUCAUGGUUGUGCGAUCUCAAACAAGCAUAUACCCAAUUUGGUGGAAAGAGACCUUUUGGUGUUUCCGUUUUAUAUAUGGGAUGGGAUAAACACUAUGGCUAUCAGUUGUAUCAAUCAGAUCCUAGCGGAAACUAUGGUGGUUGGAAAGCAACAUGUAUUGGGAAUAAUUCUGCGGCAGCAGUAUCGUCCUUGAAGCAAGAAUACAAGGAAGGAGAAACUACUUUAAAGGAUGCAAUGGCGCUUGCUAUAAAAGUGCUCUCUAAAACAUUAGAUAUGAAUAAGUUAUCUUCUGAGAAAGUGGAAAUGGCAACAUUGACACGAAAAGAUAAUAAAACAAUAAUGAAAAUAUUACCUGCGAACGAGGUGAAUGCUUUGAUUGCGGAAUAUGAUCGGUUAGAAGCAUUGGCAGAGCAAGCGAAGAAGGAAAAGUUAAAAUCGUAAAUUUGUUAUUCUAAAUAUGAGAAAAAAAAUAAAAUAAAACGUAUACUUUGGCGAUAAAGCUUAUUGUAUUAUAAAAAGCUUUUCCACCUAAAGUUUUAUAUUGCAUACACUACUUGAUAUAUUAUUUUUUAGGCGCAGAAAUGAAUGAGAAUCUUUAUUGAUAAUAUUAUUAUUGUAAAACAAUAACGUUAUAACAAAUAAGAGAUUUUUCCAUGAAUACA